AUGCCGGGUCCCAGGGGAGACAGAGGGCGCGUAGGGCCUCCUGGGAGGAGCGGACCACCAACAAUUUUGGGAAUAAAAGGGGAACCUGGACUUGUGGGAAUGAGAGGAGAGCGAAGCAUUGUGAGAAAUCAAGGAAGAGAAAGGAGAAAGCAUCAAAGUAAGUCAAGCAAGUGUAGUACCACAAACCAACUGCAAACAAUGUGUGUGAAAAUCAGACAGCGGUACUGAUAACGGAAAGAUCAAGGUAAACAAGAAACGCGCUUUAAGUAGACUCUCGAGAGUGAGGUAGAUGAUCUCAAUCGGCAGAAUGAGUUUAAAAAUUCAAAAUUUUGCUGAGAUAAAAGUAAUUUAACAGCAAUAAGGUUAUUAAUCUCUUCCUCCUCUCAGCCUUCAUUCCCGUUAAUUAACUUCCCGCGUUAUUCAGCAUUACUAGAGUUGCAGCCUUUUAAACCAUUUUUCUUUCUUUCCAAGACUGUGCUUUUAAAAAGUUGAAGUCGGAUGCGGCGCUUCAAGUCUCAUUUCACGGAACCGUGAGGGUUCAUGGUGAUGAUAAGUGUAAUCGGUGGUAUUUCAAAUUUAAUGGAAACGAAUGCAGUGGAUAA